CAAAGACCCGCCGCCACUGGCCCAGGUCAUAACUCUCGACCGCGUCGACCGAACGACCAACUUUUACCUGCCAUCACACCUCCCUUCUUACUAAUCAAUUCCUCUUGUAUUUUCUUCCUCGCCCCCUACACCAUUCCUGCUCAACCCUGCCGUCACCCUCAUCUCCAAUUGCGCAAUUGGGGUCUUACCCGGCUUAUUUACUAUGAUCAUUGCCGUUCCGAGCUCAACCUGACGCCGUCAUGCGAUUCGGCGACCCUUCACAGCAGGUCCUCCAGUCGACCGGGUCCUUCACCGGCUACCGGCCUCUGCACCCGCUCGGAAAGGGUUAUCUCGAUGCCGCCGACGACUUCGAACACCCCUUCUGCGGCAACGAGGAGGGCUGGGGCCCGCUGAGUCCCUUCCGCUAUGAUUUUACGCCUUGCUUCGUUGACGUCUGGGUCUUCGCCGUCGCUGUCUUCGGCAUCCUCUGCGGCGCUCUCGCCGUCUGGUACGUUCUACGGCGAGAGAAGCCGAACGUCGCGUCGAGGGGCUGGCCCUUUUGGAUAAAGCAGUCCCUACUGGCCCUGAUCAUCGCCGACGUCGCCGUCCAGCUUGCUAUCCAGAUCGCCAACUUCCCGAAUAUAUGGUUUGGUGAUUUUCGGGUCAUUACCACGCUCCUUACCAUCGUUUCGCUCGGAGUUAUCUUCGCUAUUCAAUGGCUCGAGCACGGCCGCACGAGGAACGCCAACGGCGUCGUCUUAUUCUAUUGGCUCCUCCUCCUGGUCGCGUACGCCGUCAAGCUGAGGUCCCUAGUGUCGCAGCAGAUCUACGAUAGCAAUGUCGCGUACUUCGUAACAUACACCGUCGGGUUUGGCCUUUCCGCUAUCGAAUUUGCUAUCGAGUGGCUCUGGCCUGGGAAGACCGGUGGCUACGAGGUCUUGGUCGACGAGGAUGGAGAGGAAUGCCCGGCUGAAUAUGCGACCAUUUUCUCUCGUCUCACCUUUUCGUGGAUGACACCUAUGAUGGCAUAUGGAUACAAGCAAUACCUCACUGAGAAUGACCUUUGGAGUCUGUCUCCCAACGACAAAACCUCCGCGGCCGGAGAUAGGUUCGAGGAAGCGUGGAACUAUCAAUUGAAGCACAAGAAGCAGCCUUCCCUGUGGCUCGCUCUAUUUCACGCGUAUGGAGGGCCGUACGUGAUUGCCGGUUUUUUCAAAGCCGUCAACGAUAUUGCGGCCUUUACGCAGCCACAGCUCCUACGCUACCUUAUCAGCUUCGUGGAUUCCUAUGAGAAGGGCAUUAACCCUCAACCGCCGGUUAAGGGCGCUGCCAUUGCGCUUGCCAUGUUCGCCGUUGCAAUGUUGCAGACGACUAUGAUCCAUCAAUAUUUCCAAUUUGCGUUCACCACGGGCAUGCACAUCAAGUCGGGAUUGGCUUCGGCCAUCUACAAGAAGUCUCUGAAGCUCUCGAACGAGGGGAGGUCCACGAAGACGACCGGCGAUAUCGUUAAUUAUAUGGCGGUUGAUGCGCAGCGCCUCCAGGAUCUGACCCAAUUUGCGCAGCAGCUCUGGUCCGCCCCGUUCCAAAUCAUCAUUUGCAUGAUAUCGUUGUACCAGCUCGUGGGGUGGUCUAUGCUCUCGGGCAUUGCGGUGAUGAUCGUCAUGAUUCCCAUCAACGGCUUCAUCGCCAGAUUUAUGAAGCGCCUACAGAAACAGCAGAUGAAGAACAAGGAUGCGAGGAGCCGUCUCAUCACCGAGAUCAUCAACAACAUGAAAAGUAUCAAGCUCUACGCUUGGAGUGCUGCUUUCAUGAACAAGCUCAAUUACGUUAGAAAUGACCUCGAGUUGAAGAAUCUCCGCAAGAUCGGUGCCGGUCAAGCCUUCGCCAACUUCACCUGGUCCACUACCCCGUUCUUGGUGUCCUGCUCAACCUUCGCUGUCUUCGUCUGGACGCGCGACGUCCCGUUGACCACCGAGAUCGUGUUUCCUGCGCUCACUUUGUUCAACCUCCUCACUUUUCCGCUUGCUAUCUUGCCCAUGGUCAUCACCUCCAUCAUCGAAGCUACCGUUGCCGUCGGCCGUUUGACGGAAUAUCUUGCCGCCGAGGAGGUCCAACCUGACGCGAUCGCUAUCGACGCCGCAGCGGAGGACCGAGGAGACGAUUCGGUUGUCAUCAGAUCUGCGACCUUCUCCUGGAACCGCCAUGAGGCUAAGAACGUUCUGAAAGCCAUCGAUUUCACCGCUCGCAAAGGGGAGCUUACGUGCGUAGUCGGUAGGGUCGGAUCCGGGAAGUCGUCCCUGUUGCAGAGCGUUCUCGGUGAUUUGUGGAAAGUGGAUGGUCAAGUGCACGUCCAUGGCACGGUGGCGUAUGUCGCUCAGCAGCCGUGGAUCAUGAAUGCAACUGUAAAAGAGAACAUCAUUUUUGGACACCGAUAUGAUUCGCUUUUUUAUGAAAAGACUGUCAAGGCGUGUGCGCUUGUUGCUGAUUUCGCACAGCUGCCCGAUAGGGACGAGACCGUCGUUGGUGAGAGGGGCAUUUCCCUGAGUGGUGGCCAGAAGGCCCGAGUUGCCCUUGCGCGGGCUGUCUAUGCGCGGGCUGAUAUCUACUUACUCGACGAUUGCUUGUCCGCGGUAGAUUCUCAUGUCGGUAGGCAUAUCAUCGAGAACGUACUGGGCCCGAACGGUCUGCUCAAUUCUAAGUGCCGAGUUCUGGCUACCAAUGCCAUUACUGUUCUCUCGGAUGCGCACUAUAUAUAUCAGCUCAAGGACGGUGAGAUUACGGAAAGCGGGACGUUUCCCCAGCUAAUAGCUAUGAAAGGGGGUAUCGCGGAGCUCAUCAAGUCUACCGGACAAGAUUCUAGGUCAGCAUCCUUAGAAGUCAGCCCCGAAGGCUCGGGCAGCGAGACAUCUACCUACAUCGAACAGGAGAACGACCGGGACAAGGAGGAAAUAGAGGAGGCGCAAGAGAACAUUUCCGAACUAGCACCUAUAAGGUCGGGGCCGUCAAGCUCUGCACAAAUUCGGUCGGGAAGCAUGUCCACGUUGAGACGUGCGAGCGCGGCCAGCUUCAAGGGCCCCAGGGGAAAACUUCACGACGAGGAAGAACCGAGCGCCAAGACCAAGCAAGCCAAAGAGCACUUAGAGCAGGGAAAGGUCAAAUGGGAUGUCUACAUGGAAUACGCCAAAACCAACAACCUGGUAGCCGUUAGCAUCUACCUCCUAGCAUUAGUCGCGGCUCAGACAGCACAAAUUGGUGGCAGCUUCUGGCUCAAGAAUUGGGCGGAGGCGAACAGCAGGGCCAGAGGCAAUCCUGAUGUUGGGAAGUAUCUGGGCGUCUAUUUUGCUUUCGGAGUCGGUUCAUCUGCGCUAACCGUCGUCCAAACUCUGAUUCUAUGGAUAUUCUGCUCCAUCGAAGCAUCGCGGAAGCUGCACGAGAGGAUGGCGACGGCAAUUUUCAGGUCGCCAAUGUCGUUUUUCGACACCACCCCAGCAGGGAGGAUCCUGAAUCGCUUCUCGAGCGACAUCUACCGGUUGGAUGAGGUUCUGGCCAGGACCUUCAACAUGCUCUUCGUGAACGUGGCCCGCUCGGGUUUCACCCUGAUCGUCAUCUCCGUCACCACACCCGCUUUCGUGGCGUUGAUUAUCCCUCUGAGCGCAGUGUACUACUGGGUACAGCGAUACUACCUCAGGACGUCACGGGAGCUGAAGCGACUGGAUAGUGUCAGCAGGAGUCCUAUAUAUGCGCACUUCCAAGAAUCUCUUGGUGGUAUCAGCACAAUUCGCGCGUACCGACAACAGGAGCGAUUUGAAAAGGAGAACGAAUGGCGUGUCGAUUCGAAUCUGAAGGCUUACUUCCCGUCGAUCAGCUCCAACAGGUGGCUGGCCAUUCGCCUAGAGCUUCUAGGUGCCAUCAUCAUCCUCGCAGCCGCCGGAUUUUCCAUCAUCUCCGUCACAAACCAUGGCCGCCUGACUGCCGGUAUGGUAGGCUUGGCUAUGUCGUACGCUCUGCAAAUCACGACAUCGCUCAACUGGAUCGUCCGCCAGACGGUGGAGGUGGAGACAAACAUUGUAUCCGUGGAACGAGUCCUCGAAUACGCCCGCCUACCAAGCGAGGCCCCUGAAAUUAUCCCCAGGCACCGGCCCCCAGUCUCUUGGCCCGCAAACGGGGCAGUCCAGUUUCACAACUACAGUACCCGUUACCGUCCCGGCCUAGAUCUAGUGCUGAAGAAUAUCAAUGUGGAUAUCCAGUCUCACGAGAAGAUCGGUGUCGUGGGACGGACGGGGGCCGGCAAGUCUUCCUUGGCGUUGGCACUCUUCCGUCUGAUCGAGCCAGCUACCGGAAAUAUAAGCAUAGACAGCCUAGACACUUCUACGAUUGGGUUAUUAGACUUGCGACGUCGUCUCGCCAUCAUCCCCCAGGACGCAGCUCUAUUCGAAGGCACGGUUCGGGACAACUUAGAUCCAGGCCACGUUCAUGACGACACGGAGCUCUGGAGCGUGCUAGAUCACGCACGGCUAAAGGAGCAUGUCACGAGUAUGGAUGGCGGGUUGGAAGCAAAGAUCAAUGAAGGAGUUCUCUACGAAAUCUCUCGCAACAAUAUCCUCUCAUCUCCUCCCUUGUCUCUCGGGCCGUUUGAUCGCGUAUGCAGGAUGGACGCAUUGGCUAACGCAUCAUUUCGCAUAGGAUCGAACUUAUCGGCGGGCCAGAGACAAUUAAUCUCUCUAGCUCGUGCGAUGCUCACGCCGUCUAACAUACUCGUAUUAGAUGAAGCGACUGCUGCCGUCGACGUCGAGACGGACGCUAUGAUCCAGAAUACGCUACGCUCUCCGCUCUUCUCACAUCGUACAAUCAUAACAGUAGCUCAUCGCAUCAACACUAUCCUCGACAGCGAUAGGGUAGUGGUUCUCGACAAGGGAGAAGUAGCCGAGUUUGACACGCCGCAGGCUCUCAUUCAGAGGAGGGGCGCAUUCUACGGGCUCGUUAAGCAAGCCGGCCUAGAUACAGAGUAAUCGUGAACCGACGCCCUCAGGGUUAAGGCAGAGACUGUUUGCAAAUUGUCGGAUCACUGCCUGUCUCCAAAUGAGCGCCAGGCCACGUAAUAAAAUAGCCUAGGAUACCCGAGUGGCGCUCAAAAGCCCAGCUGAAUUGGUUGUAGGGCACGUCAGGGUAAAAGUAGCAGCCAAUAAAAUACAGGUGUUGAGGGAGAACGUAUAUCUUCUGGCAUUCCGAGAUGGUGAUGACAACCAGGGCGAUGAUGUC